AUGAGGGCUCCAUUAAAAGGUGUUUUAGGCUUGAUUGGCCAAAACUAUGUGGACAUCCUCAUGAGGUAGGUGAAAUUUGGUUUUAAUUUACUUUUUAGAUAUCCAAAGGCUUUUGUAAUUGCCCCAAUCCUCUUGACCAUGUUAUUAUCGACCGGUAUGGCAAAAUUUCAUAUUAUUCGAGGGGUGCAUUUUCUAUAUUCACCAUCAGACGCGCCUUGGAUCAGUGAAGAGUUGGCGAUAAAGGAAUGGGCCCAAAAUGAUGACAAAUUCUACCCGAGUAAAGAUAUAUUAAUGAGAAAUGGCAUUUUUCUCAUUGUUACGGCCAAAAACGAUGGUAACGUGCUGGAAAAGGAGAACUGCGAGGAAAUUAUACGACUGGUCGAUUCUGUCAAGAAUUUUACAUUUUUGGAUGAAAGUGGAGAGAGUUACAAGUAGGUUUUUAUUUUUUGGUUUGGAAGGAAAGUUUUUGCAAUUUUUCAUUGAUUUGGAUAAUUUUUGCGAUCUGCAUCCUGCGGGUGACAAGUUAUACGAUGGGUAUUUAAAUUGUUUGCUUUGUAAAGAAAGUUCUUGCCAUUUUUUGUUUUGUAAAGAAAGUUUUUUCUAAAAAAUAUUAUUUUAGAUACACGGACGUUUGUUUACACUUUCAAAACCAAUGUUUUUCUAAUAAUCAUAUAAGAAUAUUGGCUCAAAUCUUUGCUGACAAUAAACAGGUAGGUCAUACCAAUAUUCUACGUGUCCCAUCCUUUUUCAUAGCUUUAAACUAACCUUACUCUACAAUAUUCUACCCUACAGAAAUACAUCUUGCUUUGUUUUACUCUAACCUACUUUAUCUCAUCCUACAGUUCUUUAUCCUGCUAAGCUCUUCUUUUACUUCCCUUGACUUACUUAACCUUUACCUAGCCCUAUCUAUUUUUACCUUAUCCUCAUAAUCAAAUGAAUUUCAGGCCCAUAUGAACGUAACUUAUCCCUUCUUCACCUCAAAGUUUGUCACAGAACCUAUUGAUUUGACGUCGGUUUUGGGAGGUGCCAUUUCAAAGGAUGGGCAUUUAGUCGAAGCUAAAGCUUGGAUUUUGGCUUAUCAGUUGAAGCAAAAAACUGAACAGUUAAGGAGGUUUUCAUCGUAAGUUAGACUUGAUAUCAUUUAUCAUAUAAUAGGUAAAUAAUAUUAGUGUGAUGUAUGGUAAAGUAGAGUAGGGUAAGUUACUGUAAGAUAGGGUAUGGUAGGGUAGGGUAGACAAGCAUAAUGUAAAGUAGGGUAGGUUAAUGUAGGAUAGAGUAAAGUAUGGUAUGGUAGAGUAAGGUAGGGUAUGGUAAUGUAGAGCAGGGUAAGGUAGUCUAAAGUACGGUAAGGUAGGAUAUGGCAGAGUCUAGUGGUAUCAGUAAGGAUAGGACAGGGUAGAGUAAAGUAAGGUAAGUUAGGGUAUGAAAUUAUAAAGUAAGGCAAAGUUGUCUAAAGUUUCAAAAUGUUACAGUAGUUUCAUUCACCAACUACCUCACAAGAUUGAUGAUCUGAACCUAACCUAUUUGAAUGUAUACCACUUUCAUUCGGAAACCUUUGACGAUGAAUUGGCCAACAACGCAAUGAGAAUGUUGCCAAAGUAAGUCUGCAUCACAUUACCUUCUACAAUACUCUUAUUACCCAUUUUUUACACAAAAGGUAUAUUACAGUAGCCAACCUGACAGUUGAAUACAAAGCAAUUUUUAGAUUCUCAAUUACCUUUACCAUCCUCAUUGUAUUCUCAGUGAUAUGCACUUUUACUUUGUUUGAAACGCCUGAAGGGCUGUAUUUGGACUGGAUAAGAUCAAAGCCCUUGAUGGGUCUGAUUGGAGUUAUAUCAACAUUAAUGGCUAUCAUAUCAGCUAUUGGACUUUUGUUAUGGCUUGAUGUGACCUUUGUGGAAAUGUGCUCCGUUAUGCCGUUUUUGAGCUUGAGUAAGGUGAUAUUGUAAUAGGUGGAGGUAGGGGCUAGUAUAGGUACGGUAGGGUAAGGUAGGGCUGGGUAAAAGUAGGGUAGGAUUGCGUAGGUUGGCAUAGAGCCUGAUAGGGCAGGUAGGGGAGUUUAGGAUAUGGUAGGGUGGGUUGGGGUAGGGUAAGGUAGGGUACAGUAGAGUAUGGUACAAUACGGUAGGGUAAGCUAGGGUAGAGUACGGUACGUUUGAGUACAGUAACAUAGCUAUAUCUAACAUUUAUCGAAUUUUUUAUUCCUUAUCACUUCAGCAAUUGGAAUCGACGACUCCUUCCUCCUCCUAUCAUCUUGGCACAGUACCAAUCCCAAUGACAAUGUCAAGCUCCGCCUAUCACAAUGCCUAUCUCAUGCUGCCAGCUCAAUUACAAUCACAUCUAUAACCGAUACUCUAGCCUUUCUUAUCGGAUCAAUAGCUCCACUACCAGCUGUCAAAUAUUUUUGCUACUAUUCGUGUGUAGCCAUCGUGUUCAUCUACUUGUACACCAUGACUAUCUUCUCGGCGUCGCUGGCGAUUCUGGGCAGGUGGGAGGAGGAAAAGCGGAAUUCUGUGUUUUAUUGGAGUACUAAAGAGUAUAUCAAGGGUUGUAAGUUGUUUUUGAAGGGGUAUGAUAUAGAAUGGCAGUGGUAAAGUGGCUUUUUCGUGAAAAAAUGGGUUUUUGGGCGGACUUUUUGAGGAAAAGUAAAUGAAAUUGUCAUUUUUAAUAAGACGUCGUUAGGAUUUUGUACUAUAAAUUAUAGUAUAGUCCACGUACUAUCUUUUACUAUAAAUUUUGUUUUUAUAUCCCAUGAUUUACGAUUCAAAAAAUGCAUUUUUUCUCAAAUUUUUACGAAAAGUCGCUGAAAUUCUAAAGAAAAUUGCCAUUUUUAAAUGUAUACGCAUAAAAUAAUCAAAUUACUGUACAGUAAAAUACGAAAAGGGUUAAAAAUAGCAUUUUAGUACCAUUAUCAACCAAAAUAUUUAACUGUGGAAGCCAUAAAAUCGACCAGAAACAUAAAAAAGUGUGGUAUCAAGUGGUAUAUGGAGAGAAAUUUGGUAAUGUCUUGGUGAAACCUGCCUUUCAAAUCUUUGUUUUACUGUCAUAUGUGGUUUAUGUUUAUACUACAGUAACUGGACUUAAUCAUCUUAAAAUUGGUUUUAAUGUAAGUUGGGUUUUUUGAGCUUAAAUUAGUGUUUUAGAUGAAAAAAAACUGAUUAUACCGUAUUUUACCUUUCUUUACCAUACCUUAUCUUGUAUUAACGUGCCAUUUAUGUAACUUUAUGUACCCUACUGUACUCCCUCAUAUCCUAUUUAAUUCACCUUACCCUUUUUUUACUUUUUUUCACAUUUUAUAUAUAGGACCGACCGAUUCACAAAAAUCUUAUUCCAGGUGACUAACAUAAUAUCAGAGAACGAAAGUGCGGCAAAAUUCGUGGAAUUACGUGAAAAAUACUUUACAACAGAUGCAUCACAGUUUGAUCUACUAGUAUUUUCACCUCCAAACAUGGGCAGCCUCAUUGAACGGACCAAAUUUUUAAAAGUGUUGUAUGAAUUUGAGAGUACCAAGUGCACGAAAAACCGAACUUUUACAAAUUUUUGGUUUUUUGAGUACGAGAAGUAUCUGCUGAAUUUGGGAUUUGAGUCAUUGGAUGAGGUCGACGUUGAUAAAAAGGUAAAAACAUUUUUUUGUUGAGGAUCAGAUGGGUAGGUUAAUAUAGGAAAUUGGUCGUAACUUUGGGUUUCGUUGAUCAAAAUUUUUAAAAAUAGUGUUUUUAGGUAUAAAAUUAAAUUAUACAUCACAAAAGAUACGAAAAUCAAGUCAUCUCAACGUAUUUUUAAAGAUACAACCAAUUUUAUGUUACCCAUCCCUCUUUCAGACAUUCGACCAAGACAUAGCUCCUUUCCUUCUCUCCUCGGACAAAUAUGCCUACGACUACAAUACAAAUGGUUCAUUUCGCCUUACAGUAGCGUUACAGCCAUUUACUACCGAAAAUGAAAUUACAACAUGUGCCAGAAUCAUCCGUGACAUCUGUUACAGCCAUCCUCAAUAUAAUAUGACGACUUUCACGGCUUUAUGGAACCUGGCCGAUCAAUUGGACACUAUGUGGGUACAAACUAUGCAGGACCUUUAUAUCUCUGUUGGUAUGUCAUGAAAUGGCGUUAUAGUUAACUUAAAAUUUAAAAAAUGAAAUUUGGGAAAAUUUUGCAGAAAAAAACCCAAAUUUUGAUGAAAAAACUCCAUUUUAGGUGUAAUGAUGGCGAUAUCUCUACUUUUCAUGCCAGAUUUCAAAUGCGGAUUAGUCAUCGGAUCAAGCAUAUUAUCGGUGGGCUUUGGCGUUCUCGGAUUCAUGGACUAUUGGGACGUUAAACUUGACGCCACCUCCAUGAUCACUAUCGCAAUGAGUGUUGGGUUCAGCGUGGACUUUGCUGCCCAUGUGGUAUAUGCUUUUACUGAACAGGGUAGAAAUGUGUAAGUAUUUUACCUUGGUUUUUCAAGUUUUAGGCUGAAUUGAAGACAUGGAAGAGAUUUAUGGGGAUUUUUAUAUUAUCCUACCUUGAGGUAGAGGUGGGCGCCGAAAAUUAGCUGUAUUUUUGAAAUUUCAUGGUUAUAUUUAGUAUUAUGUUAACAAAGUUUUUACAGAUAUCGUAUUUUAACUAAAAAUGGCAAUUUAAGACGAAUCCGUAGUAAUAAAAUUGAGUUACACUCAGGGACGUCGCUACGGAUUUUCUCUGGGGGGAGGGGGAGACCGAAAAAAAUUUUUUCGUCCACAGGUACCUGUGGACCGAUUUUUCAAAAUUUUUAAUAAUUUUUUUUUCGGAUUGGCUCUGGGGGGAGGGGGUACCCCCUACCCCCCCUCCCCCAAACGACGUCCCUGGUUACACUUAAUUUUAUAUUAUCCACCACAUCUUUUGCAUGGAUAAUAUAAAAAAUGCUAUAAAUCAAAAUUUUGUUUUUAAAAACUAAAUCUAUUUUAACAUCUGACAAACCAGACCAUGUUUUACUUAAAAAAGUAAAUUUCAAGUGAUACCAACAACUAAACAUUGAGUUACACAUAAACUUCUAUAUUACACUAGACAUUAAUGUUUUAGUGACCCAAAUACUCGACUAAAACACGCCUUGGGCGCUGUUGGCUGGCCAAUUUCACAAGGAACAGCUUCUGUAUUCCUUGGAGUUAUUGUUCUAGCCACCAUCAACAGCUACAUCGUACAGACUUGCUUUAAGACCAUCUUUUUGGUCAUCACUUUUGGUAAGUAUAGUGAUAACUUUAAAUCAUAAUUUUGGAAGUUAGUAAGUAAACAAUAUAAAUUUAGGUAUAACCCACGCCCUCGUUUACAUUCCAAUCCUUCUCAACGUUACUUAUAAACUGGAAAAUGUGUUGUGGAAAGGUCAAGAUAAAUAA